GUGACCCGGAAGCGCUGCAGCGUGGAGGCGCACAGAAAGAACACCGAGGUCUUUUAGCUUUUUAUUAAGGUUCUCCUGCGAGGGAAACUGCAGUCCGAGCACAAGGUAUGGCAGAGCCUCGAUUCAAUAACCCUUACUUCUGGCCACCACCUCCUUCUAUGCCUGCUCAGCUGGAUAACCUGGUACUAAUCGACAAGAUCAAAGAGCAGCUGAUGGCAGAAAAGAUCAGACCCGCGCAUUUGCCACCCACCACUAUUCCCUCUCAGCAGACGCUGCUGGUGGCCUCGCCGCCCUCCGACGCCACACAGCACAUGAUGCCAAUUCCCAAACUGCAGCAAGUGCCGAGCCAGCAGGCCCACAACUCCACCCAACCAGACGUCGCCCUGCACGCCCGCCCAGCCUCCAGUACUGUUCCAGAGGUGACCAUGGAUGACAAGUCAGCUGUGAAGGCUAAAGGAUUAUGGGAAGACUGGCACAUGCGCCAAGCUGUGGAUCAGGCUGUUAGAGCAAACCAUCGUGCAGGUCUGGCACCUACUUCUCGUGCAGACAAUCACAGCACUUCACAGGCCAUGACAUCCACCACCACCACAUCCAGCAGCCAGAGCCGGCUAGGAGCAGUAUCUUCUCUGAAUGUCAUCUCAGGCCUGGCCAGUGCCCCUGGUAUGGAUCAGGUGAAGAAUGCAGGCUUAGCGGGCAUGCUGGGGCCCCAGCCCAAACCCCUACGUGGACGCAAGAAGAUUAAAGCAGAGAACACCACAGGCCCCCUACUGGUAGUGCCCUACCCCAUUCUGGCAUCAGGCCCUGACCAGUCAGUCACCAUUGCCAAAGAGGGGAAAACUUACAGGUGUAAAGUAUGUCCACUCACCUUCUUCAACAAGUCAGAGAUGCAGAUCCAUUCCAAGUCUCACACGGAGGCCAAACCGCAUAAGUGUCCUCACUGUUCCAAGUCUUUUGCCAAUGCGUCGUAUCUAGCGCAGCACCUGCGGAUUCACUUAGGGAUCAAACCUUACCACUGUUCCUACUGCGAGAACUCUUUCCGUCAGCUCUCUCACCUGCAACAGCACACCAGGAUUCAUACUGGAGACAGACCUUAUAAGUGCGGCCAACCCGGAUGUGAAAAAGCAUUCACGCAGCUGUCGAAUUUACAGUCCCAUCAGAGGCAACACAACAAAGACAAGCCGUACAAGUGCCCGAACUGCUACCGUGCCUACACAGACUCGGCCUCUCUACAGAUCCACCUGUCAGCCCAUGCCGUGAAAAACGCUAAAGCCUACUGCUGCAGUAUGUGUGGCCGUGCAUACACAUCAGAGACCUACCUUAUGAAGCACAUGUCCAAACACACAGUGGUGGAGCAUCUGGUUAACCACCACUCUCCACAGAGAACAGAAUCUCCCAGUAUCCCCAUACGCGUCUCUCUCAUCUGAGCUUUGCUUCGCUCUUCUCUUUACCUCCUCAUCUUAUUCUGUGUGUCAGACUGCUCUUCUGUUUAGAAAAAAAAGAAGACAGAAAGGAAUAGACAGUACUGCGGUCCUCAAAAGGACACGGUGUCUGCCAUACUCUUUGCUUUAUUUAGCUGUUUAGUGAAAAUUAGCGUAGCGGCUCGACUGGCUGCCAUCUCAACCCCAGGUGUCUGCUGCUGAUUCGCCUCGGACACCAGUUUAACUGACUUGCAUUCCAGAAACAGAACAACAGAACGUUUUUCCCUUAGUUUAUUCUUCUUAUGUUACCGAGGGUGUAUUAGGAGGCAUCCAAAGAUAAGCUUUAAGCACUUUCCAGUCUUUGGGGUUCAGCUGAAAUGUUUGAAUUUUCAGACAGGAUGUGAGGCCUUGUUUUGGGGCUAAGAGUCUUUUUUUGUUUUUUUCCCCCUCCAAACUGUAAUGGCUGUUUCGUUGGUCAGUUUCUGUGUCUUUUUACAUCUGGCAUCAUGUUUUACAGGGUUGCGUGUUUAGUGUUCGUGUGGAUAUGAAAAUGCCUCCACUUUAUGCUCCUUUAACCAUCGAUAAACAUCAGAUAUUGGGAUAAAAACGAUAUGGUAGUCAUUUUUCGAUAAAAUAUUGUAAUGCGUUUGACCUUGGCAAGGAUGAUUUGACCAAGAAAUGGGAUUAAUGAGUGGUCAGUGUGUCCAGAGAACACCAAUGAUACACCCGGUGAUCAGUUUUCAGCAUGCUUUAUUAUGGCCCCACACUUCAUAAACUAAAUUGUAGUAGAUGUGCACCAAGGUUAUGUGGUAAGAGCUCCUUUUAUUUUUAUACUAUCUCUUAAAGGCAUUUUCGAUGGAGGCUCUAUAGAAAAUGUACAAAGAGCAUCAGUAGGACCAGAUGCUCUCUAAAAUACUCUCUUAUAUGAAUUACAUCACAGAUGUACCAUGCAUCCUUUUUUUUGUUGUUGUUGUUGUUGUGCAAUGUCAUGGAAAUCAGUUGGAUUUCCUGUCUUGUUCUUUAGGCCAAUCCUAAUGUUGUGAGGAAAAGCUGUCAUUUUUAGCACUUCAUCAUACAUUACACUGUCCAUGAAAUGGGUUGAUGUAUUUAUAUAGUGCGGUGCAAGUCAGGGGUGUAUACUCAAACUCUGCCAAGCCUUUUCUUCAUCCCUGUAAAAAUGAGUAAUGUAGAAGCACCUUGACAAAUGAUCGACAAGCUGCAAAUAAUCAUGAGUGUCAUUAUUGGGGAUUUCAUGACAACACAUCAGCAGCCCAGUGCUGAAUUUUCUCGUACUGAUCACUAAACUUUAUAUAUAAAAAUGCCAGCAAUGCAAAUAUCCACCUGUAAAAGCAUUACAAGUUUUGUCUAGUUUCAAAAGAGCAGCUAUUUAGCUCAUAGUGAGGGUGUACUGUAAUGUGCUCAAAAAUAAAGUCAUUUAGCUGUCAAGAUAGUUUGAAUCAGAAAGAGUAAAGCGAAAAGUUUCUUUAAAAAGCAGCAACAGUAUUCAAAGAGAGUCACUCAAACAACAUGAAGUAUGCGUAAGAAUGUAAUUAUAAAUGUAAAAAAAAUAUUUGGCAAACAUUGCAUUCAGUUAGAUCGUUUUGGUUGAGAUAUGCAAGAGCGCUUAUUUGUCCUCUAUCAACUGCCCUGGGCAAACGUUACUGCCGAGAACAUAGACUAUUCCGUAUAUAUAUAUGACUACAAUUUAAAAAUUCACUGUAAAAGAGAUUACAUUUAUAUACAACAUAUUACCCACAAACCAAGAUUGACCAGUGUAUUUCUCAAUUUUAUUUAUGAAUAUUAGCACAAUUUCACUGAAUAUUAAAUAAAUGAAAUGGAUAUUUGCUUUGGAGGUGUCUGGGGAAAGGGAAGUUUGGGCUUCCAUGCUCAGACUGCUGCCUCCGCGACCCAGCCCCGGAUAAAGCGGAUGAAGACGAGACGAGACGAGAUAUUUGCUUUACAGUUAGCUUUAUAGGCAAGAGAGAAGUUAAAGCUCAUCCUGGCUUUAAUCGAGUAUAAAUGCUGUCUGAUUAGUGUAAAGUACAUUAUGUUUAGUAUUCAGUAUUUUCCCCCCCCUCCCAAGAAACUCCCCUGAACAUGGACCCAGACAGGUUGUUUGCAUAUGAAGGUGAUUUUAAAAGAUAAUUGUGAAGUACAUACAUUUGUAUACAUCUUCAAAUCAAUAACAGUCAGUUCAGUAAAAUAAAAUGACCAGAACACUUUUACGGUCACGUUGUUAGUUCAGUAAAGCAGUUGUAGUGUUCGGACUUCUCAAAGCGAUGUCAAACACUGCAGCUGCUUCACUGACUGGUGUUUUGUUUUUGAGUCAGUUAUCAGUCAUACCAAACCAGUCAUUUGUUAAGCUCAUACUGUUUUUAAUUUGAGAACGUUUAAGCAAAUGCUAGAAAGCUUUGAGCAGUGUAUUAAAGUUUAAUGUUCUCAUUAAGUUCUUUAUUAUUGGUGUUAUUUUUCUUACCGUUUCAAAUGUGUAUAGGUUUCACAAGUGGUCGCUUCCAGUAGGCCAAAAUAAGGACUUGUUCAGUUUACUGAUUCAACAAAUUAUCUAUUAAGAAGAAAGAAAAAGAAAAAACUUAUAAGUAGCCCAAACUUUGCUUUCUAAUUUCUUUGAGGUUGCAUUAAGAAAAGUUUAAAAACCCAGCAGUGGAGUAAUGCGAUUCGUCUGUUAGUGACAUUAUCUCUGUAAUUCUAAUAGAGAGAACAAAGGGUUUACAACUAUCCCUCAUCAUGAAGAGGCUCAAGUGUUGGUUUGAUCCCAUGUUUGUGUCUGUGGCCUAAAAAAAUGUUCUCAUUGUGUGUAAACUCUCAACAGAAAGCUGUACAAUGGAACUCAAGCAUGUUUACAUCAUCAAAGCCCGAGUCAGUAUGUUCUGGCCCUUUUGGUUUUCACAUUUCUCAUAGCAGACUGGCAGAAACUGAUUGUGAUGUUCAUUUUUUGCACAUUAGUCCUGUUUUAUUUAGCUCUGAAACAAUACAUCGUAACUGGGGCUUUAACAGACUCCCAGAUUACUUUAGCCAGUUGUCCACUUGCCGAAAUCUCUUUAUAUCAAUGAGAUGUGUACAUUUAUUCUAAAGUAUACCAUGUAUUCAUCAUUAAUAGUGCAAAUUACAAGCUUUAGCUAGUGUACUUUUUUAAUCUGUAUUUCCAGUUAUUGAUGAUUAUCUCUGUAAGUACUGAUUGUUUUUAAUAUCCAUUCUUUUUAUCAUUUAUUUGUACCUUGAAUAUUCACCUUGAUGGUUGUAUUUCUUCCCCCCAUGUUGAUGUUUUCAGUAUUCAGUCUGUUAAGCCUUUAUGUUUCCGCAUGGACUUCUCCGACAGUAAUUGUUAUUAACUGUUAACAAAUAUAUGACAUUGUUAUAUAUGUCUGGAAAUUAUUACAUUUCAUUUGUCUUGCAUUGUGGUCUCCAAGAUUUAAUUCAAUAUGCACCGACAAUACAGCGGGAUUUAAUUUAGAAAAUAUCAAUGUCAUGAACACUUUGUAUCUAUCUUGUUUAAUAA